CUGUGAGUGUGAGCUACUGGCCACACUGCAUGGUUGUUAGGAGCUCCUCCCACCUCCUUGUGCUCUCUCACCACGCUGCUGCUGCAGAGGACUCCUGCUCCGCCUCACCACUCCACCUCUGCACAGUGCAACACCAGCAGCAGCAGCAGCAGCAGCAGGAGCAGGAGCAGGAGCGGUGUAGUAGGAGCAUGCCUGUCUAGAUCCGAAACCAGCCUGCAGCAGCAGCAGCAUACACACACACAACCUCCUGGGUCUUUAACCUGUCGCAUGUGGGAUACGUGAAGACAAUACGGAUAUCUUCUAUAGCUUCUGCUGGAAUCACAGGAGCCCAGCUGUGCUGUGUGCUUGUUCAUUUUUAAUCUUAAUUUUUUUUUUGAGAGAGAGAGAUUUUGUGUUGCCAGGGAAGAGAAAGUCGGAUCGAGCAGCCAUGACAGUCCGUCCUGUAUCUGCGAGAUCACUCAACAGCCACUUCUGACUGAACCUAAUUUAGCAAACCAAAGAUGUCAGCGUGCAGUGACUUUGCAGAACACGUGUGGAAACCUGGCUCUUGUAAGAACUGCUUCCACCCGCUUAGUGCGCACCACAAGACUGUCGGAGGCCUGGGGGGCAGUGUGCCAGCCGCUUGUUUGAAGAGUAGCCUGGGAGGUGAUGAAGAAGCUGGAGUAACAACACCUUCGCCCUACAGCAAGCCAACCAUCGCUGUCAAACCCACUAUGAUGAGCCUUGACACCAAUGAGUCGAUGACUGAUGUCAACAUGAACAUAGAGCAGGAGAACACAAAGAGUCCAGUUGAGCGUUUGAACCUGAAGCAGCUCUUGGACCUAUCGCCUCUUAUCAUUGACAGUAAUGGCUGCAACAAGGCCCAUAGAGAGGCGGUUCUCCAAAGCCCAGAAACCAAGAUGGACUACAACAACUGCUUCUCUCUGGCUUCCUUAUCUCCCAAUAUCCUGCCAAAAGAGUCCAUGAUCAUCAGCAAUAUCUUCGUUACACAAGAGGAGGGUAGAGGUUCUCAGAGUUUAAAGAAGAACGCCAAUGGAGACACCUGUAAGCAACAGACUACAAAUACCACUAAAACCAAAAGCACUUAUAAUGGAAUCGGUGUGACUACCAGAGCAAAUUGUCAGGUGUCCCAUCAGGCAUCUGUGGAUAUACCUUUUUCUGUGGAUAUUCUCCCUUCCAGUCCCGCCAAAGUUCAUAGCAAUGGUAUCAGCAGUGGCAGUACUACGACUGUUACAACUAAGACAUCAAGCACUUCCCCCACCACAGCCUUAAAUGUGCACACAAGCCACAAUCCCCCACCAUCCCUCUAUUCUCCUCCAGUCCUGUCUAAACAGAGCAGUCUGUCAGACUCCUCUUGUUCUUAUCGCAGUAGUACAGAUUCACUUCCUGGGGCAGAGGUGUCGGGAGGUAGACAGGCUAGGUCAGGGAGCCCCCAAAGCCCAUCAGCCAUGGGUAGCUCACAGUCUGCUCCAAAUUCUCCCAAUGGACAGCAAGAUUCAGAACCCAUUUAUGCAGAGAGCACCAAGAAAAAGCGCAGGCCGCAAGGAAAUGGUCUGCAAUCCCAUCCUGAAUCCCCAAACCAGACUAAGAACUCACCCAAGUGCUCUGAGUUUGAGCGCUCAGGAGAGACUCAGCGGGCGACCAUCACUGUAAUGGCUACUCACACAGAGGAAAACAACAGGACCUUCUACCUGAGCAGUCCAGAUUCAGCCAUCAGCACCCAAUGCCACUUCAGCCCCACAGCACGUAAAGACCCAAGCAGUCCGGCCUUCCGUUGGCCCAGCCCCAGCCACAGUGCACCCUCACUGGUCACAGAAGCCAGCCUUGCCCCAACUCUCUACCCCAAGCCUCAGUCUAGCCCACCUAUACCCCCGAAAAGGAUGACCCGUUCCCCCAAACUGGGCACCUCUAGCCUCUCACCAUCCAUGUCUUCUCCAGUCCCUCUUCCUGAUCUCCCCAAACUGGGCACUUCGAGCCUCUCAACAUCCAUCUCGUCACCCGUCCCUCUCCCUGAACUUCCCAUGCUUUUUCUCGUCUCUGCCAGAGAAGGCCACUUUAAGGUCCAUACAGAGAACCACAGCACAACAAUGUCCGAACGCUGGCACAAGCCCCACCACCACAGUUCUGGCUGGAACUGUCGCAUUGAGGAAGAAGAGGAGGAGGAGGAGAGAGAGCGGAAAGAGGGGGAGAAGAAGAAACUGGCCGCCAACCCUGGGACAACCUCUCGGGUGACUGGCCUGGUCAAUGAUGCCGCUGUCUGGAAGGAGGCCAGGGACUGGAAGGCCCACAGCCGCCCCCCUUCGAUGACAGAGCCAGGCACGGCCGCCCCGCCUGCCCCUAACAAUGGUGCCUGUCAGGGGGAGACUGAGGGCACCGGUGCAGAGGAGGAGGGCAAGCAUAACGGGAGCAUGCCGGCCAGGCAACCGAUGCACGGCAGCUCAUCAGAGCUGCUGGCAGCUGGGAAGGGAGCUGCCAACAAUGAACCCAAUCCGCCACCUCCCCCACCUAAGAAACUGCACAGAGUGUCUAGUAAGAUGAGUGGCAGCAGCAUGGAGCUGGACCGCUGCAGCCAACAAGGAUCAGUAGAGAGUCCCACUUCAUCUCUACGGGGCCUGGGCAGUGUCAGCCUACCCACUGCUUCCACUGACAACCUGACUGUUGACACUGGUUCUCGGGAUGCUAUACGGAUGUCUUGUUCCUCUCCAUUUACCAGAAGUCCAGUGGCCUCAGCUCCAGGAUCUCCUCACACACCCUCUUUUAACAACUUAACUAACCAGCCACCUCCACUCCCAGAGAAAAAAUUGGUCAACCGCACCGUGUCGGCUCCCGAUAGCACAAAUGGAAAACCCUUUGUCCGUGCCUACCCACGCCUCCCGUUCACUGGUUCAGAGAGCAACGUGUGUCGACCUGUCGAUAACAGCUCCCAGUCCAGUUUACCGUCCAGCCCUGUUGACCCGCGACCAAUUUUCUCUUCCAAUGAGUCCCUGGAACGCUGCCAUGCCCUGCUUGGCCGAUCCUCCAGGUCCCGGACUCUGGAUGAACCACUGAAGAUGCACGGGCGUCUGGGUGUCCACUGCCGAAGCAGUAUCACAUGCUCCUCUUCCCCCCAACUGAGCGUGCCAUUCUCAGCCUCAGAACCUGGUCUGGCACCAAAUUUGGGGUCCAGCCUGCAGCUUCAGACACUUCUGAGUAACAUAGACAGUAGGGAGGGAGUUUACUCCAAACUGGGAGGCCUGUACGCCGAGUCUCUGCGGCGCUUGGCUCUAAAAUGUGAGGAUCACUUCACUCGCUCCCAGAGGAACCCCCUUAGGUUUGAGGAGAGCAACUGGUCUCUGUUCAGACUGACCUCUAACAAGCCAAGCUGCAACUCAGGAGAUGCUGUGUACUACUCUGCUGCCUGUGCCUCAGACCCCAGCAACUCCUAUGCUGUAAAGAUCUGUAAGAGUCCAUCCAUGGAGGCCAAACAGGGCCAUCUCUACGGUCUAUCAGUACAGCAGAGCAUGCCUCCCCACUUCAACCUCCAGCAGGACUGUGGCCACUUCCUUGCUUGUGUCCCCCAAAGCAUGUUGCCUUCUGAUGAAGUCUCUCUGCCCACCACACCUGCUUCGUCGCUGCCACAGCCCUCCACUGCUGCACCCAGCCAACAGACAGACCGAGAGCGAGUGGUGGUCAUCACUUCUGAGAUCCCUCAGCAGACAGCAGCUGACUUUGUUCGGGAGUGGGAGGCGUUCCAUAAAACUCAGCCAGAGAUCUAUGAGCGCCGUGUAUGCUUCCUCCUCCUGCAGCUCUGCAAUGGCCUGGAACACUUGAAGGAGCACGGGGUCACGCACCGUGACCUCUGCCUCGAAAACCUGUUGCUGGUGCCUCAUCUCCGCAGGCCCUCCCAGUUCCCCCAACAGACCACCACUGACAACGCCACCAGUAACGGUUCAAGCGGUGUAGACAUUCAGCGUCACCUUCCCCGACUCCUCAUCAGCAACUUUGCCAAGGCCAAGCGUCGCUCCUCCGAGGAUGCUGCCUCAACCACUGUGGAUCCUCGCAUCAAACGUGACCACGCCAGAUUGGCACCUGAGAUCGUCUCAGCAGCUCAAUACCGUAAAUUUGACGAGUUCCAGACAGGCAUCUUGAUCUAUGAGCUCCUCCACCAACCCAACCCGUUUGAGGUGAGCCCAGCUCUUAAGGAACAAGACUACCGCUGUGAGGACUUGCCUGCAAUCCCCUCAGUCUCCCUUUACUCAGCUGGCCUCCAGAGGCUGGCCCAGCUGCUGCUUCAACCUGACCCCAUCAAACGCAUCCACAUCCAGGAGGCCAAGCGUAUACUGCAGAGCCUGCUCUGGGGCCCAAGGAAAGACCUGAUGGAGCAGCAGUGGGAGAGACAUGGACAGGGAGGAAGCUUUGUCGCCCGAUCACAACACGAGGGGCUCCUCAACUGGCUAGAUGUGAAACGGGCCCUACUGAUGAUGAAGUUCGCCGAGCGGUCACUGGAACCCGAGAGGAACGCAGAGCUGGAGGACUGGUUGUGCUGUCAGUACUUUUCCUCAGCUCACCCUCUGUCUCUCUGCCAUACUGCUGAACUGCUCUACUCGCUGAAGUGACGGCUCAUUUUAGGGUCAAAUAUGUGUGUGAGUGGAGCCGAAGUAAUGCGUGAAUG